CUCAAUUCGUGACCAGUUUUUAAAAGGAGUGGAUAGUGUAUAAAUCGAUUGAUGAAGUUGUGUAUUUUAAUAUCGAUAUGGCUUACACAAGUUUUGUCAGAAGGCACCAAGAAACAAGAAUCACUAUUGGUUCAAACUAACUCUGGGCUGGUUCGAGGAUAUAAGGAUCUGAAUGAGGAUGUCUUCGUAUUCCUUGGAAUACCAUACGCUACAGCACCCACUGGCGACCAACGAUUUAAGGGCCCAUUGCCACCUCCAGUCUGGUUGCACACGUUUGAAGCAGUAGAUGAUAGAAUCAUAUGUCCUCAAUCAAACGUUUUAGGAAUUUUGGAGUCAAAGGUCAUGAAGGAAAAUUGUCUGAUUGCAAAUGUUUACGUUCCAAUGACAGAGAAAAAAAAUCUUUCUGUCGUCGUCUACGUACACGGUGGCGCCUUUGCAUUCGGAUUCGGAAAGCUAUCCACACCGACGAAACUAGUCAGCAGCCAUGUUAUUGUCGUGUCAUUUAAUUACAGAUUAGGAGCACACGGGUUCCUAUGCUUAGGCACUAAAGACGUACCCGGUAAUGCUGGUAUGAAAGAUCAAGUUGCACUGCUGCGAUGGGUAAGAAAAAAUAUUGCGUUCUUUGGAGGUAACCCAAAUGACGUCACAUUAGCUGGAUACAGUGCAGGGUCCUCAUCAGUAGAUCUUUUAAUGUUGUCGAAAAUGGCUAAAGGUCUGUUUCAUAAGGUUAUUCCGGAGAGUGGUGCAAGUACUUCUCCUUUCAGUAUGCAAGUUGAUCCUAUACAGAAUGCAAGAGAAUAUGCCAAGCUCAUAGACAUAGAAAAUGUUGACGACAUAUUAGAAAUGGAAAAAAGUUUCAAGAAAAUGUCAUAUGAAGUUUUACAAUCAGGAAUCUCAGCGAUGAGAAAGGAUAUAACAUUUCUUUUCGUUCCUUGUGUGGAGAGGGACAAUGGACAAGAAAUGUUUCUUGAGGAGGCUCCAGUUAAUAUUUUAAAACGAGGGGACUUUCCCAAAGUGCCUAUGUUGAAUGGCUUUUCUAGUAUGGAGGGUUUGGUGUUUAUAGAAUACUUUGAUGUAUGGAAAAAUGAAAUAAACGACAAUUUUGCAGACUUUUUGCCGGCUGACUUAAAUUUUGAAAGCAAAGACGACAAAAUUAUAGUAGCAAACAAAAUUAAAGAAUUUUACUUCGGUGAUAAAAAAAUUGACGAUGAUACUAUUAUGCAAUACAUUGAUUUUAGGUCGGAUACUAUGUUCGCUUGUCCUACUUUGAGAAAUGUGCAUCAUUUACUUAAAGCGGGACAUAAAGAAAUAUUUUUGUACGAAUAUUCAUACACGGACGAAUACAGUAGAGUUGUUCCACAUAUUAAUGUACGGGGAGCAACUCAUUGUGCGCAAACUGACGCAGUGAUUGAUAUAUUUAACCCUUAUUCAAGUAUACAGUAUAAUAACAAUGAUUUACUUAACAUGAAGCGUAUUAUGAGGGAGCUGUGGGGAAAUUUUAUAAAAAAUGGAAAACCUACGGCUUCAGGAACGCCUGAGUGGAAACCUGUAGACCUUAAUGAGCCCCAUCAUAUGGCUCUUAAGAAAGAUCUGGAACUUAGAGGACCAUUGUUAAAAGAAAGAUGUCGCUUUUGGGAUGAAAUCUAUGAUUCAUAUUACAAGUUUCCCAUAUCUCCUUCGACUUCACCACAAGAACACAGUGAACUGUAGUUAUAGUUAAAUUAUUAGUCCCUGAGAAAAAACCUCAUCCAGGGUCCAAAGAUUUUCAAGUAGUCGUUUUUCCAGAGUGACCAAAGGCAAUAGUUUGGGAUUGUUACUAGUUUAUUUGUUUCUUAUUAACAUGUAAGGAUAAUAAUUUGUGUAUUUAGCAUCUUUAUAAUGUUGGGCUCAUUAAAAACAAAAAUAAGCGUAUGUAAAGUAAGCGUUGCUCUGUUUUAUUCUAAUAAAGAUCGAAAUAUUU